AUGCGCGUGAAGCCACGUUUCCCCGAUGCGCGGCGCUCCCUGAGACACCCCCCUCGAGGGGGGCGGAGUUUUCGGGCUGGGGGCGUGGAAACAGGCCAGUGCCUGCCGGCUUGCAGCCACGUGGGCUCCGAGCGGCUCCUUUUGUCUGGGUCUCGGAUGGGGAGGGGCGGGCUAGAGGGAAGCGGCCGCUCUUCGAACCGCGUCACAAAGCGGAUUUUCCGUUUCCACGGCAACGCCUCCUCCGAGGCUGCUCUCAACCCCCGGGACAAGGAAUCGGAUGGCAGUGGGUGCUGCCUGGUACACCUAGCGGGUGGGGGGCGGGGGGACGAAGGUCGCCUCCCCUCCCUCCCGCCCACCAAGGGAUCCCACUUGGCCAGGUAAGGUUUGCACCCCAGCCAGAGUUGCACCUUUAGAAACAGCGCUGCGCCUCCUCCGUCAUCCGGGUGACGAUGCUGAAAGACGCCAAGCAAGCGUCACUCGGCUCACUCAGCGCUUUCUCUUCGCCAACUUCCACGCGUUUCCCCCGAAGCUAUAUAUAGAUAUAUAUAGAUACAAGUUGCCCCAACGCUCUCCUGUUCUGUUAGAAAUGAAUGGCGAAAGGGCGAUUGUUCCGUUCUUUGAUGUUAGCUCCAAUUUUAAGAUGCUUAUCCUCACUACUGAUUUCUGGGUUUUAAGAUAGCGAGCCACAAGCACAGCGGAAGAAAUAAAAACAUUAAGGCACGUGUGCUAUCAAAAAGGAAAGAGGCCCCAAAUAAUCUUUCCUUUAAUUCACAUAAUUAGUUCCGGAUUUGACAGUUUCCCCUUGAACUGAAUACUGCUGCCGCAUAGCUUUUGAUGGGGCUAGAUUAUCACAAGGCUUCUCACCCAACACCUGUUACUGCUGCUAGUUGAUGAAGUAGCUGAAGACUUAACUGCAGUCCUAUGUACACUGACCCAGGCUCCCUAGCCUAGUAAAUGUGCAUAGGAUUGCAAGCUAAGGUUGCAAUCACACACCAGAACGUAAGACCAAUUUAACUCCCAUCACACUUAGUAGACUUAGUAGACACACACAGGAUUGUAUGUGAAGUACAUAUAAAAUAGAUCAGUAGCUUAAAUUUUGUAUCUGGGUGUUUUCAAUCCAUUAUUUUUCUGUAUUGUCGCCACCCAAACUGGGGCAGAAGCACAUGGUUUGCUGGUUCACUGUGGAGCCUGAUAUAUGUUACAGCAAAGUAAUUUUGUGACAUAUUUUUCUUUGUUUGCAGUAUAGCCCUGAAAUGCAACUGAGCAGUGCACAGAAAGUUCAGCAGGUAGUAAAAUUAAACUGUAUAAUAUGCAAACAACUUUAUGAUAAAUAUGUAAAAUUAAUAGCAAGGUGCAUUUGUUAAAAUACUGUUUUUAUUUACUACAUUUAUAGUCCACCUUUCCUCCAAGGAACUCAAGGUGGCAUACAUAAUUCUCCCUCUCCUCAUGUUAGCCUAACCUACCUCACAGGGUUGUUAUGAGAAUGAGUGAUGGUGACUGGCCCAAGGCCACUCAAUGAACUUUAUGACCGAGUAGGAUUUUGAACUGGACGGUCUUCCAAGUCUUAGUCCAUCACUAACCAUUACACCACAUUGGCUUUAGCUGAUACCUCGUGCAUUUAUACUUCUGCUCUGCAUUAUACUUCUGCCCUGUAAAAGGUGCAGGGGAGCAACUGUGAGUAGGAUUGUGUUUUAAGUGGGAGUUUCCUUUUCAUUAACAGCUAUAAAAUCACAUCAUGUACUGUAUGGGCUUACACAUUGUUUCCCUUCCAUGUUUAACUCUACCAAGUGAAACCCUUAAACACACAGUUGACAAACAGCCACAAAAUACCCAACCAUGUACACUAGCAGAAGUGCAUCUGAUGAUAACAUAUGCAGCCUAUUGCAACCAAAUAAAAGUAUGUAGUGAGUAUGGUGAUACCAAGCCAGAAAAAUAUAUAUUCAGGUUUUGUUUCCAGAUUAAAUAUGAAGUGUAAUAUUAUUGCCCCUUCAAGACCAGAAUCAUUGUCACAUUCUGCAUCUGUUUUUAGAUAUUUAAUCAUUUUGUGCAUCCUUAAAUUGUGUAUAAAUUAAAUUGAUAAUAAUAAUUCUGAUAAUCAUGGGUCCUUGUUAAUCUUUUUGAUAAUUUGUUAAUCUUUUUGAUAAUUUGACUGUGCCUCAUGCACUGUUCUCAGAAAAAAAGCAACCAAGUUCAGAUCUUAUCGAACAUUCCAUAACUUUUCCUUAGGCUAUCUGAAUGGAAUUCAUGGAUUGCAAUUUGAGAAACUGUGCCCUAGGACUUCACUCUCAUAUUAUCAUAGAACCAUAGAGUUGGAAGGGACCACAAGGGUCAUCUAUUCCAACCCCCUGCAAUACAGUAAUUUUUUUCUCAGUGUGGUACUCGAACCCUUGACCCUGAGAUUUAGAGCCGUAUGCUCUACUGACUGAGUUAUCUAGUAAAAACUCAUUAUUCUAUAUUAGAUUUGACUGUUGCGAACUGAGUUGAAUGCUCUUGUUAAAAAAGAAUAAACCUAAUCAAGGUUAGGCAAUUGUCAAGGCGAUUCUAGUUAAUGUUUUUAAACCCAGACAACCCACUUACCUAUCAAAAAUGAAAACUACACUAGAAGUUCUUGUAGUUUUAAGCAUUUUUGAAUUCUUUUGGAUUCUCACCUUAUGAUCUUGGGGGCAGGUGGCCUUGGCCUUCCUUAGGAUAUAUGUGCAAAAGUUGAAGAGAUAAUUGUUUUGUUAAGCCCACCAGUAAUUCUUCUAGCCCAGUCUUUCAGCAUGUUGUUCUUGCAUGUUUGAAAUUUUAUUAUUGUUUGCGAAGUACACAUUUCUGCUAUUUGGAGGAUACAGGCCAUUGUGACUUAAUUCCUCUGUGUGAGAUAGUGGGCUUUUGUGGUGUCUGCAAGAGAAGCACCUGAAUAUAUUUUCUGUGCCAGUACUACAGUACCUGGUUGUCUGCAUCCACUGCUGUGAGCAGGACUCAAAUUUUAGAGUACUGGCAAAUUAUCAAAAAGCAACUGUUCCCUGUGAUGUACCAAAAAUGUAAUACCACACGUGGUGGUAGAUGUGCAUGAUCUGUUAGACACGGGCUAGUAAUCAACAGAAUCCAGAUUUGAGUGGAUGGUGCACGUCUCAUAGUUGGAUAAAUUGUCCUGUGACUUGGAAUCAAUAUGAUGUAUAAUUGCUUAGUCUUGGAUGUUAGGUUUUAGUUUUUUUGGUUGUGAGCCUCCCUGAAUGCUGUGUUGGUGAGAUACAAAUCCAGGAAAUAAAUAAAAUGUGAUGCAAUGGACUAUGGGGUACAAUGGCAGUAAUUGUAUUUUGUCUAUAUCUGAUUAAUGCAGUGCAACUUGGAAAAUUUGCAGGUUGGAUCUUGCAUCUAUUUAGGUGAAAGGGCAGCAAUUAGUUUUUAUAGUUGCUUUAAUUUAGUUUCACAUUUUUGUCUUUAGAUUUCUGCAACGUUGUGGGUGAAAUACUCAGCUGAGACUGAAGCGUCUAGAAACUGCUGUCCCAUCGGUACCAACCACAACAAUGAGAAGUCAUUUAAGGUUUCUUUGUCUUGACACUUUGUGCUUUAUUCUAGUUUAAUUGUUCGUCACAGGAUUAUCAGAUCAGCUGGUAAACACAUUUUUAUCUGGAUUUCCCCCCACUUUCCCAUUUAAGAACUGUACCUCUGAAAGUAAUUAUUGUAUAAUAAUUGUAUAAUGGGAUCAGUCAGUGCAUUUCUCAGAACUCUGGACAGACUGAUUUUGAAUAAAUCCUAAAAUACAUUUUCUUUGAAACAGGCUUUUUUAUUUAAUACUUGAGUGGAACUUGGCAAAAAAUUAUUUAAAGCUGCAACCAUAAUAUAGUAUGUCACCAAAGAGACUGUGGGCAAAAUACAGCAAAGAAAGACUAUAUAAGCCACCUUGCUUCUUGUAGUACCAGGGUGCAGCUUAGAAAGGGUGAAUUGGGGACUCAACCUGCCUUCUCCCUACCCCCUUGUAUUUCAGAGUUGACUGGGACUACUCGUUUUAUCUUGAACAAUCAGAGUUAGCAGGUGCUUUUGAAGAAUAACUGCUCUUAAAAUAAAUUAGUAUUUUUAAAAAAAUAUAAUUUAAUUUUAGCUUUGCCUUUGAAACUUGUUCUUUGUUAUUGAAACCUAAAAUGCUUGCCAUGAUUUGUGUUCUUUCUUCGAGAUGGAGAAGAUAGACCAUGUGGUAUACUUUCUGGAAACUCACAAGUAGCAAUUUCAGGGAAAUCAAAUUCCCAGGAAAAAAAUGCUAUUGGUAUCCCACCUCCGGGCCCCCCCAAGAACUCAAUAAAAAGGAAGAAUUUCAGGGGUCACAGGAUAAAGAGGUCUCUGGCUGCCGCCACUGCUGCAGCACCACCUCUUGUAGCUGGAGUCAGUCAGGGCCCCACCCACCCACCCAGGCCAGGUGAAAAUAGACCAGCACAAAGGGGACAGUUCCUGCAGGACUUGGAGCACCCAUCAGUCCUUCAGACCAUGUCCAGUGAAGAGGAAAGACCAAGGUUGUGGCACUAGAACAAAGCCAGUAUCUUCUUUUCAACCUAGAUGCCCACACUAUCGCAGAGGGACUGCAGGAAAGAGAGGCUUUAGAAAUUAAGACCUGCGUUACAACAAGUUGGUUCUCUGUUGAUUAGUAGAGGAACUGAACAAUGGGGAAGACGCAGCUGAUCUUUUUGUCCAGUGGGCCUGUGGGCUUUUUAUGACCAAGCCCACAGGUACAAUCUCCCUGCCCAAAUUCUUACUUGAAUUGUUUACUAGAAGUAUACAGAAACUGCCAUCAAGCCUUCUGCUUUGCACUGCAUAUUUCACGACAGAAAUUGGGGCUAUUGGUAUAGCUUUCUCUUUACAUGAAGAAAGGAAUCUUUAAUCAACUUCAUAAAUUUGUUAGUUUUUAAAAGUAAAGUGCCACAAAACUGUUAAAUUCAUGGAUGUUAAUUGCUGUCUGAAACUGGUUGGCAGAAUUCUCUCUAAUGUUGUGCUGGUACCAGGCAGGGAUUUUCCUGUCCUCCCGGGCCUUUUAGCAUCCAUUUAAAUAUUGAUAUUAGCACAUUUAGCUGCUAUUUUCUUUGUUAUGGUUAUGACUCCUAUAUUAUUUAGGUCUUUUAGUGCACAUUGUGCAAUGUUAAGUGCUACAAUUCAAUUUUAUUGAUAGCAUGACUGUUUGUUGAAGAGUUCUGUGUAAAAGUUUGCAUAUCCCCUAGUUUGUAGAUUUUGACCACAAUCUUAAUAGCAUUAGCCAGGCUUGUCUGUAGCUUGCUUACUCCAGAAGACAUGCAGAAAAGUUGGCUGGGUUGGGUUUGCUGAAUGUUGUGGUAGCCUUGGUUAAUAAUUGUGAAAUGUAAUUGCAUGUAAAAUAUUUAGAUUUGUAGUAUAUUUUUAUCCCAUCGUUUUUCAGAUAGCUUAUUAUAGCUUAUAGUAAAAUUCAUUUGAAGUACUAUGAAUGUAGUAUGAUAAUUUGUGGAGAGAGCAUGCCCUUCUAUCAUUAUCUGAACUUGGUGGUUUGUGAGCUAAAAGCAUACCAUUUCUCUUGCUUUCUUACAGGCACAACAGAAGGUGUUAAUGCAAGUUCUGCCAGUGAAUUAA